AUGGUUACCCAUGGUACGUCUUACAAACUGUUGCGGAAGUUAGAACUUUUAGGUGAACCAUCUGCUAUUUUGCACAGAGAUGACAAUUUAGCUUUAAUUCGCAAUAAUUUACGUCGACAUAUAUCCGAGGCAUAUAAAAGGAAUCAAAACCAAUAUAACUUGAGAGCCCGACCAAUUUCCUUUGAAAUUGGCCAAGAAGUUUAUCGACGAAAUUUCGCUCAAAGUUCCGCCGAAAAAGCUUUUAAUGCCAAAUUAUCUCCCCUUUUUAUCAAAUCUAAGAUCAAAGAAAAGCUAGGGCAAAACUAUUAUAUCCUGGAAGAUAGUGAUGGUAAGACCGUGGGCACUUUCCAUGCCAAGGACAUACGUCCUUAG